AUGUAUUGGUGCUACAUUUAUUUUAAUGGCGUUUUAAUUAACAUUGCAAAAAUCAUAGAAAAGCUCCAGCCACAAACUUCUGAUAAAAUUUCUUCUUCGAAAUUACUUUUAUUGUUCCUUCUUUAUGUCCUGCCUACUUCCUACAAAACUUUCCAUUUCAAUGUUGCAGAAUCAGCAGUGUCGGGACAACCAUCAACACCGAGGUCAGUUGUAGUUCAGAGUGAUGAAGUUCUCUUGGUUUUUCGUUUUAUGGCAGUUCAGGUUAUUCCUGAUUUUUUAACGUCCUCUCUUCUUACUUCAAAUUUUAUUUACGAAAAUUUUUAUUUAAAUGCUGCAGCACCAGUAGUGCCGUGCCAACCAUCAACCUCGAGUAAGAUUUCACAUUGCAAUUUCUGUUUGAAAAAACCUCUUGAUAAUCACACUUUUUACUGUCCCAUCUACUUCAAUACUUCCCAUUUCAAUGUUACAGAAUCAGCAGAGUUAGACCAACCACCAAAAUUGAUCUUUCCUUUAUUGUUUUUAAAUACAGUAAAUUUACCUUGCAUAACUGCCUGUUUAUUGUUCUCUUCAGAAUCUUCCAAAACUCCAAAGCUCCCUUCAAAGCCACAUAAGUUGUCAGAGGAGGUGAAACAAACUUUAAAAGCCGCUAUCACGUCGUCGGGUAUGGCCACUCAUGAUGUGGAGUCUCCGUUCUUUAUUCUUUUAAUUAAUUUUUUUUCUAUGAACAAGCAUAAAUCCUUUUUCUGGGGCAUUUGGAAUCCACAUCGGUUAAUUAGACUAACUUUUUGA